AUGAUACAGGGCAGUUCAAAUUUAGUAAGGUAUUCUAAACUCUGUCAUCCUGACUGCGACGGUCAGCACGACGAUGGUUUGCAUGAAGUCCCGUUGUUCUUUGUUUUAACUUAUCAGAGAUAUGAGGGGGACACCAGAGAAGGCAUGUUCCAUGGGAGAGGAACUGCCAAGUUUAAAGGAGGCCAUUCUUAUACGGGUAUGUUCUCCUUGGGAGCUAUGCAUGGACAAGGCGUCUUUACCUGGGCUGACAAGGUGACUUAUGAGGUAGGACAUGUGCUCACUGAACAGGGCGAGUUUGUGCGCAACAUGCCGAUGGGCCAGGGUAAGUAUACUUGGCCAGACGGCAGUACUUAUGAAGGUGACGUGUGGUAUGGUGUCAGGCAUGGCAAUGGAAUCCACAAAAGCGGCAAUGUGACAUACAAAGGGCAAUGGAAUCACAGCAGGAGGCACGGAAAGGGUACUGUGUAUUACAACCAAGAAGAGACAUCUUGGUACAAAGGCAACUGGGUGUUGAACGAAAGAGUGGGCUGGGGAGUAAGAUGCUACCCCUCUGGAAACAUUUAUUUUGGUGAGUGGAAGCAGAAUUUGAGAUAUGGAGAGGGCACCAUGAGGUGGCUGAGUCUGGGACAGCUCUACGUUGGGAACUGGCAUGACGGGGUCCAGCAAGGCCACGGCACACACGUGUGGCUCAUGAAACGAACUGAGCCUGGAGCAGAAUUCCGUCCCAGCAAUCAGUACACGGGGAAUUUUUUCCAGGGUUACAGGCAUGGACCGGGAAUCUUUUACUACGCUGGCGGGGCCAUCUAUGAAGGAGGAUGGCAGGACAAUAAAAAACAUGGGAAGGGAAAGGUUACCCUUAAGGACGGCUAUGAAUUUGAAGGACAAUUCCUUAAUGACAAGAUGGUAUCUCCCAUUAUGACAGCAAACCAAGCCCCUGUUCUACAUGGUAUGGCUGAAUCUCUGGGACCGGACAUGACUGUCAACAUAGAUUGCGCUUUGGAAAAAAUCCCAAAUAGAAACCAAGCUGUUGAGCACAAACAAGUUAGGUUUUUACUGCUCAGGUACAAGACAGAGCUGAGGUCCAUCUAUCGCUUCUAUUGCCGACUGGGCCAACCUCAGAUUCCAGGCGGCGCCUUCUUGCUGUCCCGCAUGCAGCUGUGGCGCUUGCUCAAAGACUGUUACGUUCACCAUCGGUGCGCCAGCUUGGCGCAGCUCGACCUUUACAUUCGAGAUAACCCAGACCCAGCAGAGGUUCACUCCCCCUUUACUCCCAUAAUGCUCAGUCGCUUCCUCAGCUGCCUUGUGAUUAUUGCCUACCACAUCUAUCACAAAGAAUUGGAGUCAUCAAAUUACAUCCUGGCUGAAUGCUUCUCCAAAUUGCUGACGGAUGACAUUUUUCCAAAUGCCAAAAACGUCAAAGGCUUCCUUUUUAAACCACCAGAACGAACAAUUGUGGCUGUGGACUUCCUCACAAAAUCGUGGAAGGUUUAUCAGGCCUACUGCAAGGUCAACAAACCCCCUAGGGAUGACAGCACCAUGACAAACCGCCACAUACUGUGGAUGUAUCAGGAUCUCGACCUUUACGAUAGCGAUUUGACCAUCUCUAGGGUAAUGGAGAUCCUCUCUGCAGAGACCCUUGAUCCCAGCAAUAUGUCUGCCUGCAUGGAAAUAGAGAUUGUAUUCCUGGAGUUUUAUGAGGUUCUUCUUGGUUGUGGGGAGGUCAAGUGUCAGCAGAUGACUGGUCCUUACCCCAAGAUUGGACCAUCGCGAUCCUCAUCAGCACUAGCUCGUCAGUGGCAACAAACGCUGGCCCAAGACCGUGAACUGGAUGCAUGGAGUCAUAAAAUCCAUCAUUUCUUCAAACAGAUCUUCUUCCCUGCUGUUGACCUGCUUCACUUACUGUAA